AUGUCCCAAACCAGCAAACCCUCCUCGGACAAGAAGAAUGAUCGAGGAGGAGAAUGGACACACGUCUGUCGGCGGGUGCCCUGGUGCGCGAGACCGCCCUCCCCGCGUGGCUGCGAUGCCUCCGUGCUCGCCGCCUCGGGCCUCAGCUCGGAGCGGAGCGCCCACGGCGGCCGACAGCGACGUCAGGCGCCAGGCGUGCGCCACGGCAUGGCUCCACUCCGGCGUGGGCCCCGG